GUGCAUCAGAUUUUUACGUCAUUUGUCUUCAAUUGUUUAUGUGCAUUAUAUUCUCUAACAAUUAUUGUAAAAUUUGUCUUAUACUUAAAUUAUUUUUUGUUUAUACAUAUUAUAAAGUUUUAAAUGGAUAUUUCAACCCCAAUAAUAUUUAUUGGCAUAUUUAUUAUAGCAUGUGUAUCGUUAUUUUUGGUUUUUAAAUUUGGUAUUAAAGAAAAGAGUUAUGAGGAGGCUGUGGCAGAGCAGAGGCAGCAAACAAAUGCCUUGUUGGGUGUGAGGGCAAAACCAAAGGAAAAGAAGAGCAAAAAGAGCUCCAAAAAGCCUAAAGAUAAAUCAUCACUGGAAAAUGAUGGUGAUGAAAUUGUUGAAACUACAAAUACUAAACAUGUAGGAUUUAAAGAAAAACCGGAAAUUUUAAAUUUACCCAAGGAGCCAAGUCCUGUUAAGAAGGAAGAAAUAAAAGAGAAAGUAACUAAACAAGAAAAAAAGAGUGUAAAUCUGGAAAGUGAACCCAUAAAGGCAAAAAAAGAAAAAGUAAAACAACCUGCACCAGUCACUGAAAAAAUUGAAACUGCCGCUGUAAAACAUAUAGUGGAAAAAAAAGAAAAAGCAGUAGUUGAGAAAAUUGAAGAAAAGAAAAUAGAAAAAACUGAAGUGACACCUGUUGCUGCCCCAACUUUGACUGUCAACACUGCCAAGGAAAAAAAGAAAAAGAAAAGCGAAUUCAACACUUUACAGCAGAUAAAAAAAGAAAAACUCCUCACCGAAGCCAUCGAAGCGCAGACCGCACUUCAAACAAGGAUCCGUGAGAUUCGCGGCGAAGUUCAGGCGGAGAAAACACAACAAAACCAUAAAAUAAAAUCUUUAGAAGAACUUUUAAACACCAAAAACAUCGAGGUCGAAUCCGGCAACAACAGGAAUCAAACUUUGCAGCACCAAUUGCAACAGUUACAGGCCAAAUUCAACGAUGACUUGCAGAAAUUGGUUGAGGAAAAUAAUGGGCUUGUGCAUCAAAAACAACAAUUGGAAGGCAGAUUGACCCAGGGCCAAGACGCCGAAAGCAUGUUGCUGCAACUAAGAUCUGACCUUCAAAACGCCCAAAUGGAACUUCAUAGAUUGAACUGCGAUCUUCAGGAAGUUGCACGCGAUCGCCAGAACUUCCAGGUGGAAUCUGACCAAGUUAAAAAUAUCAAUAAGCAACUUGAGGAGACCAGACAAGGUUUGGAAAGUCAAAUAACGAUCCUAACAAAGAAGGAGGAGGAACAUAAAAAAGAAAUGUCUCAUUUAACGACUAAUUUGCACCAACAAGUGGAGGAAAAUAGAAAACAUGAGCAUACAAUUCUUCAGUUAAGAAAUGAAAUCAAGCAACUUAAAGCUGAGAAGAUUGACAUCAACAAUAUUAUUGUCCAAACUGAACUGCAAACAACUUUGGCACAAUUGGACAAAACCAACGACAAAAAUAAGACUUUACUUAUAAAGAUUGAAGAACAGAAAGCUAAAAAUAAUGACUUGCGGCAAAAGAAUUGGAAAGUGAUGGAAGCGCUAAAUGUGGCCGAAAGUAGAACCAAAACCGUAAGCAGCAGCCCUAAACAAACAUCAGUUGAUGUGCUAACAAAAGAAAUUCGCCUGAAAGAGCAGGACUCUCAAAAGCAAUUUAUCCAGAGAUUAUUCCCUGAAAUUGAGGAAUUAAAAUCGAUUUCUGCCAAAGAAAACUGGCAGAGCGAGUUUGAGAAACUUAUCACCAAACAUCUGGAAAGUAUUAAAACUGUAAAGGAAACCACAAAAGACGCAACAGAAGAAAAUCUGUUAAAAAUGCAAGUCGCCAACUACAAGAGUAUUAUCGAUGAAACGCAACAAACAAAAUUGGAAUACGAAACCAAAUUAGAACAAGAAAAGCAGCGCAACGACACUUUAAGCAAACAAUGCCAACAAUUAAAUAGGGUACCAAGCGGCGAUACCACUGCAACUAUAGAAAAACUAAAUGAGGAAGUUAACAGAUUAAGUGAGUUACUAAGGCUAGAACAAACAAGCAAAAAUGGCAACCUCAAUGGUAGUCCAAAAGAACAAAACUAUAAAUCAACAAAUGGUAUUGCAGUAAUUGAGAACUCAUUGUCAUCAUCCACGGCAAGUCUGGCAUCCAGUGAAGCUUUCCAAAUAAAAAAAUCAAAGAACAAAAAGAAAAAAAAGAAGGGCACUGGACACUAAAUACACUGUAAUCAAAUUCAAAUUGAAUAAUAUUAUUUAUACUGCAUACUUAAUUUUAUUAAAACUAUUAUCAUUCCCUUUAUAUCAAUGUGUGCAAUAAGUUCAUAGAAUUAAUUUUGCCUUUAUUAAUUUUUUAAAUUGUAAAAAUUAUUUAUAACAAACAAAUUGUAGCUGUAUUAUGAAAUUAUGAAUAAUGUAACUUAAAUUUACCGUUUGAUAUAGAAAAUAUACAUAUACAUCAAUGAUUAUUUAUAUUUAUAAUUUUUUUACGUUAUAUUCCUUAUUGUAUUAUUAUAUCCUGGUAAGUUGGACUCAUCAUAUGUACAUAUUUAUUACUUGUAAAGAGAAUCUCCACAGAUUUUCUAAUAGAUUAAUAAAAAAGCUUUUCUAAAUAAUUGGUUUCAAGGCCUCAUUUCGUUUUUAUAUUGAUUAAUAAAUCUAAUAUAUUUUUAACAAUUAUUUUUCUUACUGUUUACUAAAAUUAUUUGUAGUUUUAGACAUAAAUAUUAGUGACCAAAUGGUCACACUGUAUAUUUUUUACAAAAAAUUAAAAAAUGUGGUGCAUGUAUGUAUUAAAUAUUUAAUAUACCAUGGUAAAAAGAAGCAUAAUCCUAAUAAAAUUUUG